AUGAGGCUAUUAAGUUGGAACUGCCAAGGGCUUGGGAACCCUUGGACAGUUCGAAGCCUUCACGAUAUGGUGAGGAAUCAAGCUCCCACUGUCUGCUUCCUAAUGGAAACUAGACUUGAUAAAGAGGGUUUUAUGCACCAUUGUAGAGAGUUAGCUUAUUCGAAUAAAUUGAUUGUUAAAAAACCUGAUUCCGAUGGCGGGUUAGCCUUGGUUUGGAAAGAAGAGGUCCGGCUGAAGGUGAUAAAUUACAAUGAUAAUCAUGUAUUAGCAAAAGUAGUGGAGGAAAAUGGCUUUCAAUGGUUUUUGGUAGGGUUUUAUGGCUGGCCGGAAGCAAAUCAAAAACGCAAGUCAUGGGCUCUCUUAAGGCAUAUUUCUUUGUUUGUAGAAGGCCCGUGGUGUUGUGUUGGCGAUUUUAACGCGUUCUUACACGCUUCGGAAAAACUUAGCAUCCACCCACCAUCGGUUAAACAAAUGGAAGAAUUUGGAGCUGCCUUGGAGGAGUGCAAAUUGAUUGAUUUGGGAUUUUGUGGAUAUAAAUUCACUUGGAACAACAAACGGCCUGGUGCAGCAAACACUAGAGAAAGGCUUGAUAGAGCAGUUGCAAACAAGGAGUGGCAGGAUAUGUUUCCGGUAAGUUGUGUGUCUCAUAUUUUUUCACAUGCUUCGGAUCAUAUGGCACUAAUUUUACAGACAGGAAUGGAUAAUAGUUUCCAAGGUAGAAUAGCUAGAGGAUUUAAAUUUGAAGAACAGUGGCUAUUAGAGGAGGAAUGUGGGAAUGUGGUUGAAGAAGCAUGGGUUCAGAUGGGUGGGGCCGACUCUCCAAUGGCCAAUGUUAGUGUUAAAAUUAAUCACUGUGGGGCUGUUUUAGAUGCAUGGGGUUCGUCGAGGACAAAGCCUAAGGUGGCGGAAAUUAAAAGAUUGAAAAAAGUGCUUGAAAGGCUUCAUAAAGGUGAUCAAAAUGAAGCAACCAGGUCUGAGUUUUUGGCAGCCAGUAAACAGCUUGAUGAUCUUUUGCUUAAGCAAGAGUUUUAUUGGGCUCAACGGUCCCGACUGGCUUGGCUAAAGUCUGGGGACAAAAACACACAAAAUUUUCACUUAAAGGCCUCGCAACGACGUCGUAGAAAUUUUAUACAAGGUAUAAAAAAUUCUGAGGGGGUGUGGGUUGAUGGGAUUGAGGAUGUAGCUGGGGUGGCAGUCCAGUAUUUUGAAAAUUUAUUUUCUGCUGGGAGAAGUGAUCGGGUGGAGGAAUGUCUUAAUGCAGUCAAUCAUAGGAUGUCCUCUAAUAUGCUAAAUAUCUUAUCAGGAGAGUUUAGUGUUGAUGAGGUGAAGACGGCGCUAUUCCAGAUGGGCCCGACUAAAGCUCCGGGACCAUUAAAGUUGAUUUUUCCCCAAUUAAUCUCUCCCUCUCAAAGAGCCUUUGUGCCUGGCCGGUUGAUUACUAAUAACGUACUUGUGGCCUAUGAAACUCUGCAUGCUAUGCAUGGCCGGAAAAAGGGCAAGAAAGGGGCUAUUGCACUAAAAUUGGACAUAAGUAAGGUGUAUGACAGGGUUGAAUGGUCGUUUUUAAAGGGAAUGAUGAUCAAGUUGUGUUUUCCGGAUGGGUGGAUUGACCGGAUCAUGGGUUGUGUCACUACUUCUUCCUUCUAUGUCCGCCUCAAUGGUAAGGCUUAUGGUAAUUUCAGACCUACUAGGGGACUCUGUCAAGGAGACCCGCUUUCGCCCUAUUUAUUUUUGAUUUGUGCUGAGGUUUUUACAUCUCUGUUGACUAGGGAAGAGGUGGUGGGCCGACUUCAUAGAGUGUCCAUUUGUCGGUCUGCCCCAUCUAUUUCCCAUUUGCUUUUUGAUGAUGACUCUCUUGUGUUUUGUCAAGCUAAGCAAGAGGAAGUGCAAGUGGUUUCGGAUGUUUUAGAUUUGUAUGUUGUGGCCUCCGAUCAAUGUAUUAACUUGGAAAAAUCUUCCGUCUUCUUCAGCAGCAAUACUUCAAGGGUGCAAAGGGAUUGGAUAAAAAAUGCAUUAAGGGUAAAGGAAGUGGAAAAAUUCGAAUCCUAUCUAGGCUUACCCACUCUGAUUGGCCAGUCAAAAUAUCAAGCUUUUUCUUUUCUUAAAGAGAGGGUUUGGAAGAAGAUUCAAGGGUGGAAUGAGAAGUUGCUAUCCAAAGCGAGGAAGGAAGUCCUAAUAAAAGCUGUGGCCCAAUCAAUCCCUACAUACACGAUAAGAGUAUUUCAACUGCCAGUGAAACUUUGUAACGAAUUAAACAUGAUGUGUGCUAGGUUCUGGUGGGGUCAAAGUGGAGAUGAUAAAAAGAUACACUGGAAGAGUUGGGAGUCUCUUGUCCAGCCAAAGGAGGGAGGUUUGGGCUUCAGAGACAUCCGAAGUUUCAAUUUAGCCAUGCUGGCGAAACAAGGGUGGAGAAUGUUGACCAACCAUGACUCUCUUCUUUAUCAUUGUUUUAAAACAAAAUACUUCCCCUGGUGCACCUUUUUGGAGGCGGCUGAUCAUCCAAAAAGCUCAUACAUUUGGAAAAGCUUAAUUGUUGCGCAACCUAUUUUGAGAAAGGGGUGUUGCUGGCGAGUUGGUUUGGGUUCUUCCAUUCGGGUGUUAUCUGAUAAGUGGCUGCCUCACCACCCAACAAAUAAAAUUCUGGCUCCACCGAAUGAAGUAGGGGAAGAUUGGUAUGUGGCGGAGCUAAUUGAUUGGAAUAAUUUCCAAUGGGACCAUACUUUCAUUGAUGGGGCUUUUAGCAAAUAUGAUGCUGAGGCUAUUUAUCGAAUUCCUCUGAGCAGAAGAUAUGUUCCAGACGUGAUGGUUUGGCUGCAUAACAAAAAUGGGCAGUACUCGGUGCGGUUUGGUUAUCAUACAGCAAGGAAGUUGGUGAGAGAGUCAAAACAGAAGGGUGAGGGGUCAAAUCCAAGGGCCGACAGCGAUGUUUAG